AUGUCAGGUACAGUCGAACCCUUGAAAGAUGCUUUGCCUGCAAAGACAACAGAUGUCCCACCGAGAUCAACCUUCCUAUCCUCACGGAUAGUACGGAAUGCCUUGCCAUUCGGCAUCGGCGCCUUCUCAGGCAUGGUAGCAACAACCUGCAUCCAACCCGCCGACGUCGUCAAAGUCCGCCUCCAACUCGCCGGCGAAGGCAGUAAAGGCGCCGCUGCCGCCUCGCCAAUCUCCGUCGCUCGCACAAUCGUCGCGCAAGGGAGGGUCACCGACCUCUGGGCCGGCUUGUCCGCAGGCUACCUUCGUCAACUAUCGUACGGCAUGCUUCGGCUUGGUCUCUUCGAUCGAUUCCUUGCAUUCGUUGAGACCAGAGCAAAGGACAAGGGUAGGAAAGUCACCUUCGCGGAGCGAGCAGCUGCUUCGCUGUCAGCCGGUGGGCUGGCGGCGGGGAUAGCUAAUCCGGCUGAGGUCGCUUUGAUCCGGAUGCAGAGUGAUGGGAUGAAGCCGAAAGCUGAGCGGGCGAAUUAUCGGUCUGUGAUCGAUGCUCUGGUUCGAGUGUCGAGGCAGGAGGGCGUGCUUGGGCUGUGGGCUGGCUCUAAUCCGACGAUCAUUCGUGCGAUGGCAACCAACUUCGGACAGCUAGCCUUCUUCUCGCAGUCGAAGCCGUUGUUGCAGGACUAUACGAGUCUAGGGUUCCAGAAUCAAGCACUGGUGGCUUCUGGGAUUGCCGGCUUUUUCGCUGCGUUCUUCAGUCUUCCGUUCGACUUCGUGAAGACGAGGUUGCAGAGAGGUGGGAAGGGUGCUGAUGGCAAGCCAGUGUAUCGCGGCAUGAUGGAUUGUGCUGUCAAGGCCUUGAAGGAUGAAGGACCACUGCGGUUCUAUCGUGGGUUUGGAACAUACUUUGUGAGAAUUGCUCCUCAUACGGUCAUCACACUGUACGUUGCAGACAAUCUAAAAGCACUCUUAAUGUAG